AUGAUUAUAAUCGAAUUGCACUGGUCUGAAUUACUCUCAUCGCAUGGAAGCAAGGCCGUGGCGCGAGUCACGACUUUCGGUAGGGCGAUUGGAUUGGCAGACGAAACACUCGUUAGGGAGAAAGGAACUGGAAGCGAGAGACAACAGGCAGAGCGCGGAUGA